CAGCGGGGCAGCGAUGGGUGACGUCACCGAGCGCUGCUGUUUACGUGCGUCCUGUACACAAACGGCGCUCGCAGCUUUCGGCUCCUUUCCAGCGGCACCGGGCCCCAGAUCCCGCCGGGCCCGAGCCCCACCAUCGCCCCCCCGUCUCUCGCCUCGCUGGGGCACAGGAAGCGGAUCGUUCGAGACACGCCCCUGCUGAGUGAGCAGGCCCGGACUUUGGCCUGGGCCCGCUGCACGGUGUCGGAGUGUCUGCCAGCUGCUGCAGGACGCCGGCUUGUCCCCCGCGCCAGUGUGGCCCAGUCGCCGGGGAUCCGGAGCAGCAGCAUGUCCGGAAGCCCCGAGAAGAGCCUGACUGCCCAAGAGCUGAAGGAGCAAGGGAAUCGCCUCUUCCUCGGUAGAAAGUAUCAGGAAGCCGCGGCCUCCUACAGCAAGGCCAUAAACCGUAACCCAUCUGUGGCUGUGUACUACACAAACCGUGCUCUGUGCUAUGUGAAGAUGCAACAGUUUGACAAGGCAGUAGCAGACUGUAAACAUGCCCUGGAGUUAGAUAGCCAGUCUGUUAAGGCUCACUUCUUCCUGGGACAGUGCCUGCUGGAAAUGGAGAAUUACGAUGAAUCUAUCGGCAACCUGAAUCGAGCUUACAAUUUAGCAAAAGAACAAAGACUGAAUUUUGGGGAUGACAUUCCAAGUGCCCUGAGGAUAGCGAAAAAGAAGCGAUGGAAUAGCAUUGAAGACAAAAGAAUACAGCAAGAGAAUGAUCUUCAUGACUACCUCACCAAACUGAUCCUCUCAGAAAAGGAAAGGGAAGUGGAACAAUGUAAACGAAAACUCCAUGAGGAGAACAUGGAUGAUUCCCGAACUCGAGUGGAAAUUGCAAAGAUAGAAGCCAGACAUGACAAGUACAUGAGUGAAAUGGAUGACUUAUUCUCGCAGGUGGAUGAGAAGAGAAAGAAACGAGAUAUUCCUGACUACCUUUGUGGAAAGAUCAGCUUUGAGUUAAUGAGGGAGCCAUGCAUUACGCCCAGUGGGAUCACAUAUGACAGGAAAGAUAUAGAGGAGCACCUUCAGCGGGUGGGUCACUUUGAUCCAGUGACUCGAAGUCCAUUGACCCAAGAACAGUUGAUCCCAAAUCUGGCCAUGAAGGAGGUAAUUGAUGCAUUUAUAUCAGAAAAUGGCUGGGUAGAAGAUUACUGAACUGGAUUUAAGACCAUCAGGACUUGCACAUUUGCACUGCAGCAGCAACUUGAUGAUUGGACUAACCAGAUGAAUGAGAGUGAGCAAGCCACAGAGACUGACUGAAGAAGGGGGAUGUGCAGCUAUCAUCUGCAGCUCUGUACCUGAGGGACACACAUCUUUUUGCUUGUGUUUAAAUUUCUUUUACAUGCAUGUAUAUAAAUCUUACUUGCCAGAGGAACUCUGAACCUGGAACAGUUAUUAAAGUGUUACUGGCUCUUUAAUAAUGCUUGGUAUAGUGGGGGGUAAUCUGAUUUACACAGUUUUGGUUUCUUUGAUCUUAAAGUUAAAGAACAAAUGAAUUGGCUCCUGUUCCAUGCAAUAUUUGAGUGCUUUUUUUUUAUUGUAAAUGUUGGUAUGUGAUCUGAUUGAAAAAUGAAAACCUCCUGACAUGAAAAGAUCUUGAGCCACUUUGUGAUUGAACAGGCAACUUAUUUUAUGCAUAGUUCAUAUUUCACUCCAAUGCCUUCUCUCCUUUAGAUUGUCUUGCUGCCAAAAUGUGCUGCCUUUCUGUUAGCAGGCUGGCUCACCAACUAAAAUCCGAACUGCAGAUUUCUCUAUUGUCACUAAAGGUACUCCUCUCAUCAGCUGUAUAUCAAGAGAGCAACACAAGAUCAGGGCAUGGAAUUUAUGACUAUUGCAGUACUGAUCCAAGGUUUACUGCAAACAUUUGGUAUUUGUCUACAAGUAGGGCUUGUCAGAUGUGUGUGGGCUAAAGGCUUUUAUGGAGAUGUUCUUUGUGGCCACACACCCUAACCAGACACCUGCAGAGUAGGCUGAGGUUUUUGUCCUCAUCUGUGCCAGUAUUUGGUCAAGCAAUGGACCUCUCAAGUCACAAGCUAAACACCUGUGAGUUGGGGAUAGUGCAUGAGUUUGUCUCUAGAAUAGAAACCAUAUUUAAAAUACGAUAAUCUACCUUACAAGUGUAUAUGGAUUAUUUUAAAUUAGCAACUAAUUUACCUAUCCCAAAAGUAACACGGCUAGUACAAGCCAUUCAGGUUGGAAAGUACAGACUAAUCACUUGGAGCAAAUGUGAAUAGAGUGUCUCCAUGCAGAAAGUAAAUGCUGCGUUAGAAAUGUUGGGAUACAAAGUUGUGUAACCUACUCUUUUGCAGUUUGGUCAUCUCCUUGCGUCCUCUUUCACUCCUCCACUGCCCCUCCCCUCCAACUGGCAACUUUAAGAUAACUGUUGGUGAAAUUUACAUAUCUUAACUCUCUUCCUUUGUAGUGUUUUCUUUCUCAUUCUUUAAAAAAAAUCUAAAAAAAAAAGUGUGCUAUCAGUCUGGGACAUCCCUGACUUGGGUGGCUUUCUAUCAGUAUUUCUGUAAAUGAACGAUUCCUAGAAUUUUUUUUCCUUUUUGAUAGUUUUCAGGAAAUUAGAAUAAAUCCAGACCAUCUGAAUGCAAGUAUUGAGAUAUUCAUUUUUCCAAGGUUUUUAAGAGGCUAUUCAUUAUGUUAAUAAAGUUUAUAAAUAAUUGGAAUUUUGAUUAACGUAUAUUAUUCAGCUCAAUGAUUGUCAAUACCUCUCACCCACUCCUCUCCUGUACAGGUCCUUAAUGUGGUCUUGUAAACAAUGUUGACAAACUUAAGCAAUGUGUCUAUGGGUGUUGGUGAUAGUAAUGUCAGGCCAUAGUGAAUGUGAUGGAGAUAUAUGACAUACAAGAUUCCACAUUGGGAAUGUAAUGGUAAUAUUUUGCUUUUCCCUCCACUGGAACUUUGGUCACUGACUGGUCCAUGACCAAUAUUUGACUGUGUGGUAUCCUUGAAUAUGAUCAGGAACUCAACUGCAAGUUAUUAUUCUUAUGUACGUACUUUAGGUUAAAUAUUCUAACUUCAUAUACAGUUAUUCUGUCAAUGUGCUGUUGUAUUGUUUGGUUUUAGUUCUUCAUUAUGUAUGUUAAAUACCCACUUUCUUUUAAUUUAUGUAGUGAUGGUAUAGUUGUCUAAUGGCAUGGAACUGUUAUGAUUUUCAUUCAGUUUUACUUUGCAAAUCAAAUGGUUGUUGUAGUGGUUUUCUGCCAGCUGAGAGGUCUUCUCCUUUGUAUUUGUGUGCACCUUAUUAAAUGGACAACAGAGUUAAAUAGUUGUACAAAUCAUUGCACUGUGCCAGUUUACACUCAACAAAGUGUUGCUGUGGCUCAAUCAGUGGCACUCUCAUCUCAAAGUCAGAGGGUUAUGGGUUCAAAUCUCAUUCCAUUGACUUGAGCCCAAAAAUUGAAGCCAGCACAUCAAUACUGAAGGAGUGUUGGAGCUGUGACUUUUGGGUGAAGUGUUAAGCAGAGGUCCUGCCUAUCCUAACAGAUAUAAAGGAUCCAUUGGCACUAUUUCAGAGAGCAAGGUAAAUCCACCAUUUCAACCAUGGUGUCCCUGCCAUUGUUUAGUUCACAAUAGAUUGUCAUUUUCACAUUGUCACUGCUGAGCUUGGUGUAUUCAAACUGAUUAGUGUACUCUCUCCAUCAAUGUCUACACUUAGAAGACUUCUUUGGCUCCAAAGUGCAGUAGGAUGUUCUUAAGUCAUAAGAAGGUCCUCCAGAAAUUUAAGACUUUCUUAUGUUUGGGAUGGAUUAGAUAAAACCAAAAGGCUGCCUCAUAUUACCCUUAUGAACCUUUGUAUGGGGAACUACCAAUCUCGAUUCAUAGUCAGUUCUCUGCAGUCCUGCAGCUGAGAAGAAGAAUAGCCUGACUGAUUAUUUGCUCAGAUUGCUUUAUCCUUUUUAGGCAUCAUUUCCAAAGUAGAGCAGGCAACCUCACUACUUUUCCCAAACUCUUACCAUUGCCUACCCUGAUCCAAAACAAAAAGAUGACAGCUCACAAUUGGUUCGGCUUUAUGAAUGCAAUCCUGACCAUUGAUCAUUGAAUGGGAUUGGUGAACCUUGCAUGUCUUGGCCCAGAUGAGGGAACUAAGAAUGUAGUGUGUGGAAACCAGCUAAGUAUGCAAAAAGCUAAGUCCAUUGCUUUACCAAUGUGGUGACUCAAAGCUGCCCAAAUGCAAUCUUUCAUGAAUUGCAUUUAGAUUUAAAAUUUUCCUUAUGAAACAUUUUAGACAUCUAAUUGUUGUGGAUUUGGGACUACUUGGACAAAAAUUGGAUAGAAAUCACCCUGGUAUACUGGAUUUAAUGUCUAUUAGAGUUGUAGGUCAAUGUUCAUUUAAUAGUGUUUUGACUAGUCAUGAACUCCAGAAGUUAAUUAACAAUGUGAUCUGAGCAGUACCUGACUAACAGUGAAACCAUGUGAUCUAAUAAAGUAAGUUUCUUGUCAAUGGGA